AUGAGCAAAACGCGACCGACCACUAUCAUCAUUCCCAUUGACCGCAACCAUCCCACAUUACGUACUUUGGAACUAUACUAUCGUACAAUAUCCUCGGAAAAUUACCGGAUUAUUUUCGUGCAUGUCAUUCAGCCGGGAAACACGAACUCGCUGUUUGGUAUCCGCGCGUCCAUGGUGUCCUCAGUUACGGGCAAUCCGGUGCCUAUCAAAAAGAAGGUCCUGGUCGAAGCAAAACUCUUGUGUAGGGAACACGUGCAACAUGCGCAGAGUCACGGACUGAAAGCCAAGUCAGUGAUCUAUGUGAAUUCACAUGUCGGACCGGCCCUAAUUCAAGCGGCCGCACGUUAUCGCGCGGAUUUGUUCUUGCUUUGGACUCAAGAACGUGUCUGUGGUGAUAUUACUGGAGAAAUUUACCAACACGUGCACCGACAUUCCCCCAUCCCGAUGGUCCUUCUACCCAGAUUGCAUAUGUCCAAAUAG